CCCAUGUGUCAGAGGGAGGGCUCUGCUGCUGCCCUGUCUUGCCUGAGUGUGUGUGUGGGAGUGUGGGAGUGCAUGUGAGUGUGUGUAUGUGUGUGAUUUGCACUCACACAGAGUCCUGAGCUCAUUAGGCGACUGCAUGCUGAUCCCCCAGCAGGGAGCUCUCCUAUCCUACAGCUGCAGAGGGGACAUUUCAAUUCCCAGCCCAGGGGUGUGGACCUGCCAACAUGUUGCUCACACUGUAUGUGGGACCUCUCUAAAGCCUUGGGAUCACUCAGAGGGUUGGGCUCAAGUCACCCAACCUCACACUGUCUACAUCCACCUAUUAUUAUUUUUUUUUAUUUCUGCGUGUGUCACCGCUGGUAUUUGCUGGGUGGUGUGGGGGGAAGUCCUGCAAGUUUUUUAGGCUCGUGCUGCUGGUAGAGAGGUUCAGAGCAUGGGAAGUACAGUCAUGGACACCAAGAAGAAAAAGGAUCUGCCCAGGAAGCCCUCCAGCCAGAAGAAGAAGAUGCUGAGAGUCCACAUCCCUGAUCUCAGUUCCUUUGCUAUGCCCUUUUUGGAUGGAGAUUUGGAUAAUGCAGAGAAAAAUUCCCAGCGCAAGGCAGAGGAGCCUUGCAGCACUGGGAGUCCUUCCAAAAGCUUUUUCCCCCGAGGCCUCCAAAACCGGCCGUCGAGUCCAUUAUCAGCCCCGGUAAAAACCAAGUACAGCCCUGGCUCUCCCAAGACCGUCUUUCCCUUCCCAUAUCAGGAGUCCCCCCCUCGCUCCCCGCGUCGGAUGAGCUUCAGCGGCAUCUUCAGAUCUUCCUCCAAAGAUUCUCCUUCUCCCAACCCAUCUACCUCACCUGGGGGCAUCCGAUUCUUCACAAGGUCAAGGAAAGCCUCAGGACUCUCCUCCUCCCCAUCCACUCCCACACAAGUGACCAAGCAGCCCACCUUUCCCCUGGAAUCCUACAAACAUGAGCCAGAACGGUUAGAGGCCAGACUGCGCUCGUACUCCUCACCCCCAGACACCGGACAGAGGUUUUCAUUACCUCACUUGCCCGUAACUGUGACAAAGUCCUCCAUUGUGUCAUCAUCCCUCAGCGCUACCUCAAGAACAGCUCACAGCACCACUGAAGGCAUGCUGGAUAAACUAGAGCUGGAAGAUGAAGCUGUUGAAGAAUCAGAGAGUGACAUAUAUACACGCUUCAUGAAAUCACACAAGUGCUACGACAUUGUCCCGACCAGCUCCAAACUUGUCGUAUUCGACACUACGUUACAAGUAAAGAAGGCUUUUUUUGCCUUGGUAGCCAAUGGCGUACGCGCUGCUCCUCUAUGGGAAACGAAAAACCAGAGUUUUGUAGGUAUGUUAACAAUUACAGAUUUCAUUAAUAUAUUGCAUCGAUAUUACAAGUCUCCCAUGGUACAGAUUUAUGAGCUAGAAGAGCACAAGAUCGAGACGUGGAGGGAGCUGUAUUUACAGGAGACGUUCAAGCCUCUAGUGAACAUAUUUCCGGAUGCAUGUCUCUUCGAUGCAGUAUAUUCAUUGAUAAAAAAUAAAAUCCACAGAUUGCCUGUUAUUGACCCAGUCAGUGGAAAUGCACUUUAUAUACUUACCCACAAGAGAAUCCUCAAGUUCCUUCAGCUUUUUGUGUCAGAAAUGCCAAAGCCUGCCUUCAUGAAACAAAAUUUAGAGGAGCUGGGGAUCGGCACAUACCACAACAUUGCCUUCAUUCAUCCUCACACUCCUAUUAUUAAAGCUUUGAAUAUAUUUGUGGAGAGAAGAGUCUCAGCGUUACCAGUGGUGGAUGAGUCUGGAAAAGUUGUAGAUAUUUAUUCCAAAUUUGAUGUCAUUAACCUCGCUGCUGAGAAAACCUACAAUAAUCUGGAUAUCACGGUGACGCAGGCCCUUGAACACCGAUCGCAGUAUUUCGAAGGCGUGGUGAAGUGCAGUAAGCCGGAGACACUGGAGACCAUUGUGGAUCGAAUAGUCAAGGCAGAGGUGCACAGACUGGUAGUUGUAGAUGAAGCAGACAGCAUUGUGGGAAUUAUCUCUCUCUCAGACAUUCUACAGGCGUUAGUGCUUUCUCCAGCAGGUGCCAAAAGGAAGGAGAGUGAAGCAGAAUGACCGUUGUGAAUGCAGAACAUAUAAAUAUAUAUUAUAUAUACUUUUUUUUUUUUUUUUUUUAAAGAGAAGAACUUGAAUGAUGUUUUUUGCGUCAAUCUUUCGCCUCAGAAACCCUGACUGCAAUAGACAAAAACACGACUGGACUGGAAUGUGCGACGGACUGAUAGACUCUUGUACUGCUCCAGUGUGGUCACAAGCUCAUUUAUUGGUGGGAAAUGGUUGUUGUUUUUUUGUUUUUAAUUUUUGACAUAUUGAAAAAUGAGGCCCCAGCGCUUCAUGUCUGACAUUGCGAUUGUUACCCAAUAAGCUGUAUGCGAUGGCAUGUUUAUAGCAUAGUGCUCU